AUCAGAGAAAGCAGGAAGCAGACAAUCCAUGUGCUGCAUAUGUGUUACUGAUGUUGUUUAGCGCAUUUAACUGUUCACAGAAAACGCGUGAAGUACUUCACAGUGUAUAAUCAUGAUAACGCCGGCAUUUGAACUCAGUCAAGAUGCAGAUUUCCUCAUUGUAGUUAUUCGUGUACCCUACACCAGAACAUCAGAUUUCGACAUCUACAUCCAAGAGGAGGAAUUUAAGUUCUAUGCCAAGCCCUACUUUCUCAGGUUGACUCUGCCUGGGAGAAUAGUUGAAGAUGGACGGGAAAAAGCUUCAUUCGAUAUCGAUAAAGGUUUAUUUACACUGCACGUCCCUAAAGAGACAGCCGGACAACACUUUGAGGGUUUGGAGAUGCUCACCAGCCUCCUGGCUCCAAAAGGAUCCAGAUCUGCCAAACCGUUGGUGGAGGACUCAGAGGCCUGUGGUGAAGGAUGUGAGGAGGAAGACGAAGAGUUUGACUGGCAGAUCGAACAGGAGGUUUACACUGAAGCCCCAGCGGACACACUGAAGGAAUACCACAAGUACGGCUUUGGAAAUCUUAGGUCUGGAGUCUUCAGUAGACUGCAAGAGGAGCUGAAUGAGGUGAUUGACAUGAAGGAUCCAGACAACACCAACGCUGAACUCAGAAGACGCAAUCGACUAGACACAGAGACUGCAGUAUUUUGUGCUGACCAUUACUUAGUAAACUUGUAUGAGGACAAGGAGGAGAUCAGAAACCUGCUAAAGUUUAAACCAUGGUGGAGAAAACUGAACCCGGAUCCUUCAGCAGGCUACGACAUCUCUAUGACUUUCACAGAAGAGGAAAGGGAGCAGAUGAGGAGAUUCACAAACCGCUCGUACUUGCUGGAUAAGAAAGCGCGCUUUCAUGUCUGGUUGGGUUUGGUGGACAUCAUCUUGGCGUACGUCUAUGAUGUGCGCACUACAGAGGGAGAGCACAAUGUAGAGUCAGCAUGGACCAUCAGGAAGCUCAGUGGGACUCUCAGCUGGCUGGAGACAUACCACUCAGUGCAAGACGUGCUGGUGUCUUUCGGCAGGAGGACUUUGUGUUACCCGCUCUAUCGGCACUUUUCCCUGGUCACAUUAGCAGUGAAAGACGCAGCAUGCAUUUUUCAGGCUGGGAAGGCAUGCAUCCUGAAAUGUCUGCUGGCCAUUCAUAAGAUCUUCCGGGAGAAUGAUCCGGCCUAUAUCCUCAAUGACCUCUAUAUCACAGACUACUGCAUCUGGAUCCAGAGGGUUAAAUCCAAGCAUGUGCUCGCACUAGCCGAACCCUUAAAUAAUGCCAAACUCCAGAAGAACCAUCUAGAACUGGAGCUGGAGAUAAUCGAACAAGCUGCAGAACUGGCAGUGAAGGAGGAAGAAGAAAAAGACACCGAGAGCGACACCGACGACUCCUCAAGCAGCAGUGGUGACUCCGAUGAUGAAGAUGACAGCGAUGAAGAGUGUCCUGAAAAUGCUGCAGAAAAAAAGCAAACAGCAUUCAAAGCUCAUGCAGAAGCCGUGACUGAAGCUUCUUGUGUGGAGCUCCAGCGUGGCGACGGACGAUUGAUUGAGGAGCUGGGAAAGAGGCUGGAGGAGGAGCUGACGAUUGAGGAGGACGUGCCUCAGGAAAGACGCUCUGCUAGUGAGGGAGAGGGAGAGAGAAGGAGAGAGCAUUACCAUCCACACGCAGCUGAGAGCGAAAGAGACACCACCAAAGCAGCAACCGGUAAAGAGUUGCUCGAUGUCUGCCUUCAGAGGAAACCGUUGCGGAUCCUAAACACUGAGGAACUAGAUAGUGAUGAUGAUGAUGAUGAUGAUGAUGAUGAUGGAGACCUACGGAUUACUGUGGUGGAUGAAAGAGGAUAGCAAGGACAUCAUUGCUUUACGGAUAUAUUCUUACAUCUACAAAAGAGCUCUUUGAUGGAUGUAUGUUAUGGAUUGUGACGGUUUUAUUUGUGGCGCUCUUGUAAAUGCUUGUUUCACAGUGUGUGUGCGCUGUUGAAGAGUCUUCUGUACAUUUUUACUGUAUUUCUGUAUAGUUUUAUAUUAAAUAUGUUUGCAUUACUUAAUGUUAUUUGUGUUCAAUGAAUUUCAUUUAGUUUUUGUAGUUUAGAUCAUAGAUCUGUGUGAUUUGGGGAAAUAUCUAAUUGCAAAAUAUUAUUAACAGAUAUUGUGAUUUUGAUUUCAUUUGCGAUUUUAUUUUUGUAGUCAAGCUUUAGCUUAAUAUAUUGUAUUGGAGCUUCUUAAUGCUAAAAAUUUAGUGAGGGUUAGUUAAAAAAAGGAACUGAAAAGAUAUUAACUAACCUAAACAUUUAUUCAAAUUUAUUUAUAAAUAUUCAAAAAUUAUACAAAUUUUUCUCUAGAGCAAACAGUAGUGAGUUCUGGCGUUAGGUGUCUCUUGGUGCCUUUGUGAUGUAUUUUCAUAUGGUGUAACAGCUGCAAACAUCUCUGAAAUUGUACUUUGCUGUUGCUCGCUAUUAGAUUGAGCGUCACUGGCAAUACUUUAAGCUGAUUUUUUUUUAGCAACACGCUCCUCAUAUAGCCGCCUGUGGUGUUUUUUAGGUGCUGGUUGUUAUAUUUUCUCAUGCUGCGGCUACAAUUCUGCAACAGCUCUUACAAAUGAUCUGUUUUUGUUUGGUGUCUGUGACUUUGAAACCAAAAUAUUCCCAUAUUAUCGAUGUCCUGUUUUUCUUGAUAUGAAUUUGUCUGUUAAUGUUUCUAAAGCAGCAGACGCCAUCAUCCUACUUGUCUGCACUUUCCUGUUUGUUUGUUUUAUUGUGAGUUUUCCGCAUUCGGUUGCGCAAUUCUGAUUGGACAGAACCAAAGUGUGUUUACUCAAUAGGCUAGUUAGACUUUCAUACGCAGACGGCAGUCAUGAAUUUGCUCUGGGUGGGGGAAAUUAUAUAAUACAUUUAUAUUUCAUAUCACAGCCUCCUGCAAUUACCUAGUCACAAUGUUUUAAAUCACGAUUGUGAUUCAAUUUCGAUUAAUUACACAGCUUUUGUUGAUAGCAAUAAUGAAAGUACUUUUUUUAUUACUACUAUUACUGUUUUGUUUUUUUAAUACUAUUAUUAGGGUUUUUUGUAUUUAUUAUACAAAGUUAGAUUAACAUUUUUUAUAUUACUUCUAUUAUUACUAUAAAAAAAACUGUGUUUAAGUAUUAAUGUAUAAAUAUUAAAGUAAGUUAAAAUGUAAGUAUUAAAUUAAGUGUUAAAGUAUUUAAAAGUGUAAGAAGGUAUUAAAAGAAAUACAAAAAUGCUACAUUUAGUAACAAUAAUAUAAUACAGAUAUAAAAGAUGCUUAAAAUAAUGCAUUUCGGAAACAUUGUAAAUGAUGAAAGAAAAACAUGUCUCAAUCUGGAAAAUAAAUACUUAUUGUAAAUAGAUAAAUAGAUACAAUAAAUAGAUACAAUAAAUAACUAGUACAAGAAGUUAUAUUAUUAACUAUUCAUGUUAAAAAAAUACAUUUUAAGUUUUAUUUGAAUUGACAAAUAGAAAUUGCCAAACUUGUAUUGUCAAAAACACAGAACGUUCAGUUGUUAUAUGUAACAUAUGUAUAUGUAGCAGCUCAAAACAUGGUAAAUACAAUGGUUGCACUUGCAAUAAAGAGACCAUCACUCAGCAAGUCACGCCAAUGGAAUUUAUAAACAGCAUCUGUAUAUAUUUUUGCUGUUGUGAUGUGAGCACCUCGAUUGCUCACACCCCCACACAUCAUUCACCUCCUGGCGUGUUGUAGCUGCUGUAGGCCAUGUAUAAUAUACAGAAGUGCACAUACGAUCGGCCAGAUUGGCGAGUACCAAUCGAGUCAUUAAAUGUGCUUAUCGGCCGAUACUGAUUUUCGGCUGAUCGAUCGGAGCAUGCCUAGCCACAAUGUAUGCGUUCUGAUAAUACUUAAUAAGGCUUUCUUAACAAAAGGCCACAUCUGCAGUUUGCUUAGAUAUACACUGUCUUUUUGAAAUAAAAAAAACAUUCAAAGCCAAAUUCUCUAUUGCUGUUGCACUUGAGAGAGAUCUUGGGGUUGUUAAUCUGUACGAGCUGAUCUUAGUGCAGUCUGUGAUGCUGCUGUUAUUUACAUGUUUCCUGUCUGUGGUGAAAUGCAUGUCAGUCCCCCGCUCUGAUGAGUGUGAGAUUAGCAUGUUUGGGUUGAGCGCUGUCAUUUCCUUGGAAGUCGAGGAGGAGGAGUAGGUGGUCGUUUAAUGAUUGCAAUACAAACAUAAAGCGGCGUUGCAAGUUUAUCAACAGGAAAUGUUAGCUACAGCACUGCGUUGAUGUCUGUUAGCAUUUGCCUCUCAGGAGAACUACAGACAUGUAUUGUUAGGAAUUUGCAAUGCUAAUUUUCUGUAUUUUUGUUUUGUACUUUUUUUGUUCAAUGUAUAUUAUUAGAUCAUUUCUUGUUUAGCAGGAUCAUGAUUAGCUGUUUUGUGUGCGUGUGAUUGAUAUGAUUGAUCUGAGCUGAAUAGAGGAGUGUGGUGAAAACCGUUCGAUAGCAUGGAGAGGCGAGAUAAACAGGAAAGCACUUGUCAGGCAGAUAGAUGGGAGUUGUGUAAUGUGCAAGUGGAAAUUGAGGAGAUAAGGUGGACAGAUUCCACCUCUAUCCUUCUAUAAAGCAGAGUUUAACUGACUUAACAGACAUUUAUCAGCUAAACAGCAACAACCAACACAAUACCAUUGCAGUUUUUAAUCGUUUAUAUUUAGUAAAUAGAUGUCUAAUUAAUAUGAAUUCAUA